AUUUAAGUGUACUCAGCUCAAGACGAUUGCAAUAAUUUCUCCUUUCCUCAAUGAAGAUGAGUAUUGUGCUAUUUUAUUGUUCUGAAUGAAACUAUAUGCCAUCUACUUUAUGUAAUCGUUGGAACCAAUCGCCUUUGAGUCGAGUCGUGUAGUUGCCUGUCAGACAAGAUGGCGAUGAAAUUGUCAGAUAUUUUGCCGGCUCCCAGUCAGCAUGUCUUUGAUAGAGAAGAUGAUGAGCGACAACAGAGGGCUCAAAUGCAGAUGAUGCCUGUUAUGAGCAAUAGAACAGCUCCACCAUAUGGUCAUAGGAAAGGAUGGGUUCCACGGACACAGGAAGAUUUUGGAGAUGGAGGGGCAUUUCCAGAGGUUCCAGUAGCACAGUUUCCAUUGGGAAUGGGACAAAAGAAGUCGACGUCAAAUGCACUGGCAGUGCAGCUGGACAGUAGUGGCAAAAUCAAGUACGAUGCCAUAGCCAGACAUGGCCAUGGGAAAGACAAGGUUGUUCACUCAAAAUUUCAAGACUUGGUACCAAAACAAAUAGAUGAGGAUGAUCCUGACAUGCAACAACCUGAUGAAGAGGCUGUAAUUGAUACCACAGAAAAAACUAGGCAGGCCCUAGAGAAAUUGGUUUCUACUAAAAUCUCAGCAGCCUUGCCUGUCCGAGCAGCGGAAAAACAGGCUCCAGCCCAGUACAUCAGAUACACCCCAUCACAGCAAGGUGUGGCCUUCAAUUCAGGAGCCAAACAGAGAAUUAUCAGAAUGGUGGAAGCACAGAAAGACCCUAUGGAACCUCCAAAGUUUAAAGUGAACAAGAAGAUUCCCCGUGGACCUCCAUCUCCUCCAGCACCUGUGAUGCACUCGCCCAACAGAAAGGUCACAGUAAAAGAACAGCAAGAAUGGAAGAUUCCACCCUGCAUAUCAAACUGGAAAAAUGCUAAGGGUUACACUAUACCACUAGACAAGAGAUUAGCAGCAGAUGGGAGGGGGCUGCAGGGUGUUCACAUCAAUGAAAAUUUUGCCAAACUUGCUGAGGCUUUGUACAUAGCAGACAGAAAGGCAAGAGAAGCUGUUGAAAUGAGAGCACAGAUCGAUAGGAAAAUUGCCCAGAGAGAAAAAGAAAAGAAAGAGGCUACCCUGAGGCAGCUGGCCCAGAAAGCAAGGGAUGAGAGAGCUGGAAUUAAAUCACAUGAAGAUGAAGAUGUUGCAGAGAGAGAUGAAAUCCGAAGAGAAAGACAAAAGGAACGACAGCGAGACAGAAAUUUGGCCCGGGCUGCUCCAGACAGGAGAUCUCGAAUACAGAGGGAAAGAGAGAGGGAUAUUAGUGAGAAGAUUGCCUUAAACAUACCGGACUCCAGAGCUGGAGGCAGUGGUGAUGUUCAGUUUGAUCAGCGUCUGUUCAACCAGUCCAAGGGCAUGGAUAGUGGUUAUGGAGAUGAUGAGGGAUACAAUGUGUACGACCAACCCUGGAGGAAGGACCACUCGCAGAUAGCCAACAACAUCUAUAGACCUUCUAAGAAUGUGGACAAGGAAAUGUAUGGAGACGAUCUGGACACCAUUAUGAAAUCUAACAGAUUUGUACCUGAUAGAGGGUUUGCUGGAACAGACAGGAAUGCCAGAAGGGAGGGGCCUGUUCAAUUUGAACAGGAAGAAGAGGAUCCCUUUGGUCUUGGUCAGUUCUUGGAGCAGGCCAAGAGGGGAGACAAAAGAAAUGCAGAUGAUUCAAGGUCCAGUAGAGACUAUGAAGGAAGCAAAAGUAAAAAGAGACGAGAGUAGCAAGAGCACAAAAUUUCACUCUCCCUUUUUACAAAGAUUCAAGGAAUAUCUCAUUGCGCAAUUGACAGCAGAAUUAAUUCUUACAUGUAUUUAAUGCUGUAAGAAUUAACGUCAUGGUUUUAUGAAUGUAUUAUUGUGGUGCAUUUUUGAAAUAAAUCAUUUUAUAGAUA